CGCACGCGCAGCAGCAUGCGGUUGUAGUAAAGCAGGAAGACGAUAUUGAUCAAUCAUUUAUGAAGUAUAGAAAUAUCGGACAGGAAGAAGAUGAGUCUCCGUGAUGCUGCCGUCGGUGAGUCCACACUUGACCGGCUCUCUUGGCUCCUCUGAAGCCGCUUCCGGAGUGCCGAGCACGGCUUGCCUGCCCGCGGUCCUCCGCUCUUUGUCGGCGGCUUCGACAUCUGGGCGGCGCUCGGCCGGUUCUCUCCCGAACAUUGGCUCCUUAGUUCCCCGCAAUUAUCCUGCCUUGGCUUUUUCUGGAAACGUUCUCGCGGACUGAGGCGUCUUUUGUUGCGAGACAAAAGCUGGCCACGUCACAAUUAUCGCGUUCAUCGGCAUCGAUUUGAGAUCACCUGCUGAGUGCGGCAUGUCGUCCAUCUGGUGCCGGCCCCGGGUCUGACGGGACUUCCCGGCCGGGCCUUUGUUCCCGCUUCCGUCUCGAUUCUGAUCCUGGUCCGGCUGCCUGGGAGGAGCCAUGCCGGAGUGUGUGUCCGUGUCCGAGUUCGUGGAGGAGGUUCUGGAGGACUGGAGCUCGCCCACCACCUCCUCGUUCACGUCCAAGAUGGGCGGAUGCAGGAACACCGUCUCCCUGCUGGAGGAGGCCCUGGACAGCGACCGCUUUUUGUUGCAGAAGAUGAAAAAAGCAGCUAAAGCCAAAUACACAUCAGGACAAGAACACGUGUCCCACCUGGAGCAGUACAUCCUGUCCAUGGAGAAGCUGUCAAUCAACUGUCACUCCAACGGCGAGUCUGAGGUUGGCUCCGCCUUCUGCCGUCUGGCCGACUUCUCCAAGGAGCUGGUCUCGCCUCUGAAGAACCUGUUGAAGAGCAUGCUGCACAACAUCAACUUCUUCCUGGACUCUCUGGUCAAAGGCGACCUGCGGGAGGUCAAGGGGGAUCUGAAGAAGCCUUUCGACAGAGCCUGGCGAGACUACGACAGCAGAUUCAAGCAGGUGGAGAAGGAGAAGCGUGAGCUGGCUCGUCAGUACGGCAUGGUGAGGAGCGAGGUGAGCGGCGGUGAGAUCGCUGAGGAUCUGGAGAAAGAGAGACGCUGCUUUCAACUGAACAUGUGUGAGUAUCUGAUCAAAGUCAACGAGAUCAAGACCAAGCGAGGAGUGGACCUUCUGCAGAACCUCAUCAAACACUUCCACAGUCACAACAAUUUCCUGCAGGAGUGUGUUUCCACCACUCACAGGCUGAAACAGUACAUGGACGAGCUCAAUGGCGUGCUGACCUCGGUGAAGCAGCGUCAGGAAGAGGAAAAACGUCAACUGGUGUCACUCAGAGAUCAACUGAGGCCUGUUGUAAACACUGAUCAGGAUUGUGUAGCUAAGCAAGUGUACAACAUGCAUCAGCUGCUUGGAGAUAAACAGGAUGGAACAGAGAAGAGUGGCUUCCUGUACAAGAAGAGUGAUGGCUUGAGGAAAAUGUGGCAGAAGAGGAAAUGUUCAGUUGAAAACUGUUACCUGACCAUCGCACACGCUACGCCAAACAAACCUCCCACCAGACUCAACUUGCUCACCUGUCAGGUCAAACCCAGCAUGGAGGACAAGAAAUGCUUUGACCUCAUCUCUACAGAUAAUCGCACCUACCACUUCCUGGCGGAGGAUGAAGUCCAGUGUGUGGCCUGGAUUUCGGUGCUUAGCAACAGCAAACAGGAAGCCCUGACGGUGGCGCUGGACGGAGGCAAGAAAGAAGGUCCAGAGAGCAGCAUGGAGGAUCUGACCCGCUCCAUCACUGAAGACGUCAGACGCAUGCCUGGCAACAGCAGCUGCUGCGACUGUGGGGCGCCAGACCCUGGAUGGGUGUCGACUAACUUGGGCAUCUUGACCUGCAUCGAGUGUUCGGGGGUCCACAGAGAGAUGGGCGUCCACGUCUCUAGGAUUCAGUCUCUCAGUCUGGACAGUCUGGGCACCUCCGACCUGCUGUUGGCCAGAAACGUUGGGAACUCCGGUUUCAACGAAAUACUGGAGGCAAACCUGCUGAGUCCAUCAAUGAAGCCCUCGCAACACAGCCACAUGACGGAGCGUAAAGACUUCAUUCAGUCUAAGUACCAGGAAGUUCACUUUGUGAGGCGGAGUCACAGCUCCUCCACGGCACUGACAAUCCUGCAAGAGGCGACCAAGUCCUGUGACAUCUACCGCCUGAUCCAAGUCUACGCCCAGCGCACUGAGCUCAGCCACCCCCUGCUGUCUCACAUACAAGAGAAGGGGGAGGCGGCCCUACACCUGGCCGUCCUAUUGGCUGACAGGACGUCUCUGCACAUCCUGGACUUCCUGGCCCAGAACUGCUCCAACGUGGACGUGCAGACGGUGGCAGGAAACACAGCUCUGCACUACAGUUGUCUGCACAACAAGAGUGACUGUGUUAAGCUGCUGCUGAGGGCCAGAGCCAACACACACAUCAAGAAUGAGUUAGGAGAGACAGCGCUGGAUGUGAGUCGUAGGUUGAAGUAUCACCACUGUGAGGCGCUGCUGCAACAGGCCCAGUCCAACCAGUUCGACCAUCACGUCCAUGUGGAGUACGAGUGGAGGCUCCGUCACGACGACGUCUACGACAGCGACGACGACUUCGAUGACAAGAACGGUCCAGUGAAGAAGGAGCGUUCCUCGUCCUCCUUCUCCUUCCCCUCACGCCCCUUCAUCUUGGGGCUCUCGUCCUCCACCCACCUCCCAUCAUGCAUUGCGUCACCAGCAGGCUCCGCCCCAGCGGCAAAAGGUGGCAGCGGCCUGCUGAGCGUGGGGCGCAGGCUGGCCAUGGCCAUGGAGCACCACACCCGACCCCCGCCCUCCGUAGCCAGCCCCCCUCCGCCUCCGCCCUCUUCCCCCGCACCCCCCCUCCCCCCGAGGGUCAAAGCUCCCACCGUUCCUCCGCCUCCUCCGCCGGGUCGGAGGGAGGGGCCCAGCGAGGAGGAGGAGGAGCCAGAGGAGGAGGUCUUCCUCCCCCUGACGGGAAACAGGAAGACGACCCCCCCGGUGGCAGCGCGACACCAGAGGAGCUCCUCCGAGUCCGGCAAGCACGAUUAUGGGAUGGCAGCCUUUGCCAGGGUCUACAGCGGUCCAGGUUCCUGCGUCGCAUCUUCUCCUCUCGGCUCGCUGACGGAAUGGACAGACACAGACUCUUGCUGUCCUGGAAGGUCCAAACAAGCUUUCCGGCGGGCGGAGAGCGACACAAGCUCCUCCCCUUUUGCACACCGCCCCAGGAGGACCUCCAGCGACAGAUCUCCAAGCAAUCAGCGCUCGCAGAGUUUUGAGAGCGCCCCCCUGCCCCUCCCCCGCAGGUCCUUGCCCCGACGGGCGGAGUCCGCUCCACGGGUCCAGGCUCUCUACGACUGCCAGGCGGACCACCACGACGAGCUGAGCUUCAGCGAGGGACAAGUCCUGGUGGUGGUGGGCCAGGAGGACCCGGACUGGUGGCACGGUUACAUGGAGGAGGACCCGCGCCAGAGAGGCUUGUUCCCGUCUUCCUUCGUGACGCCGCUCUGAUCCUGCAGAACCCAGCUGGCCACUGACCACGGCCUUCUCAGGAGAACCAAGUCCAGGUGCCAUGUUGUCAUAGCAACGACUGCAAGCCCUCCAUCACCAUGGAAACCUUCGGGGCAAGUGACCUUUCAUGAGGACUCUCAAAGACAGCUGCGUCCAAGAUUGACCUCUUCAAAAUAAAACAGUCCAGAUGUAGGUUUUAUUUUGAAGUUCACCUGAACAACUCUUUUUCUUUGGGUUUAUUGUGAAAAAUUGUACAUUGGUGCUAAUUGUCAUGGACACAAAGGAUGGAGGGAAACCAAAGCACACGUGCACGCUAACCUCAUCCUCCAGGACCUCGGUCCACGCCGAGGGAGGCGGAGCCUAACGGGGCGUGGUUGACUACUCCGGCAGCCUUUAAAGGCCCUGUUUACACGGCACACCACAUCUGUGACACAGACCGGGUUUUUGUUGCCAGUCUAAACGCUCCAAAGUCCUCAAAUCUGAUCCUUGGGCAUCAGAUUCAGACCACAUCAGGAAGUAGUCCUGAAUCUGAUCUUUUCAAAUCUGACUUCAGUCUAAACGCAACGUGACCUGAAUGUGACUUUUUUGUCAUCUUUGGUUGACUUACGUCACUCGUGUGCGCCUUAAAGUUACGUCACUCGUGUGCGCCUUAAAGUUACGUCACUCGUGUGCGCCUUAAAGUUGUGCAGACUUUCAUGUACUUUCACUUAAAAACACUCGUUUUUAAGGUGUGGUGACUUCUUUUAUUUUAUAGUCUUAGCAACUUCCUCUUGGACAACUUCCUUUGUUUUCACUUUAUCCACGUGCACAUGCAAGUGAUGUCAGGGCCACAUUGACGCCACGUUGGGGCCACAUUGGAGCCACAUUGGGGCCACAUUGAGGCCAAAUUGGGGCCACAUGGAGGCCACAUUGGGGCCACAUUGGAGCCCUUAUUGGGGCCACUUUGAAGCCACAUUGGGGCCCUUAUGGGGGCCGCUUUGGAGUCACAUUGAGGCCACAUUAGGGCCACAUUGAGGCCACAUUGGGUCCACAUUGAGGCCACAUUGGGGCCACAUUGGAGCCACAUUGGAGCCACAUUGGGGCCACAUUGAGGCCACAUUGGGGCCACAUUGAGGCCACAUCGGGGCCACAUGGAGGCCAAAUUGGGGCCACAUGGAGGCCACAUUUGGGCCACAUUUGGACAACAUUGGGGCCACAUUGUGGCCACAUUGACACCAUAUUGGGACCACAUUGAGGCCACAUUGGAGCCCUUAUUGGGGCCACUUUGAAGCCACAUUGGGGCCCUUAUAGGGGCCACUUUGGAGCCACAUUGAGGCUGCAUUGGGGCCACAUUGAGGCCACAUUGGGGCCACAUUGAGGCCACAUUGGGGCCACUUUGGGGCCCUUUUUGGGGCCACAUUGAGGCCACAUUAAAGCCACGUUGGGGCCACAUUGAGGCCACAUUGGAGCCACAUUGGGGCCACAUUGAGGCCAAAUUGGGGCCACAUUGGGGCCACAUUGGGGCCCUUUUUGGGGCCACAUUGGAGCCACAUUGAGGCCACAUUUGAGCCACAUUGGGGCCACAUUGAGGCCACAUUGGAGCCACAUUGGGGCCACAUCUGGGCCACAUUGGAGCCACAUUGAGGCCACAUUGGAGCCACAUUGGGGCCACAUUGAGGCCACAUUGAGGCCACAUUGAGGCCACAUUGAGGCGACAUUGGAGCCACAUUGGGGUCACAUUGAGGCCACAUCGGGGCCACAUUGGGGCCACAUUGAGGCCACAUUGGGGCCACUUUGAAGCCACAUUGGGGCCCUUUUUGGGGCCACAUUGAGGCCACAUUAAAGCCACAUUGGGGCCACAUUGGAGCCACAUUGGGGCCACAUUGAGGCCACAUUGGGGCCACAUUGAGGCCAAAUUGGGGCCACAUUGAGGCCACAUUGGGGCCACAUUGGGGCCCUUUUUGGGGCCACAUUGGAGCCACAUUGGAGCCACAUUGAGGCCACAUUGGAGCCACAUUGGGGCCACAUUGAGGCCACAUUGGGGCCACAUUGAGGCCAAAUUGGGGCCACAUUUGGACAACGUUGGGGCCACAUUGAGGCCACAUUGGAGCCCUUAUUGGGGCCACUUUGAAGCCACAUUGGGGCCCUUUUUGGGGCCACAUUGGAGCCGCUUUGGAGCCACAUUGAGGCCGCAUUGGGGCCACAUUGAGGCCACAUUGGGGCCACAUUGGGGCCACAUUGGAGCCACAUUGAGGCCACAUUGGAGCCACAUUGGGGCCACAUUGAGGCCACAUUGGGGCCACAUUGAGGCCACAUUGGAGCCACAUUGGGGUCACAAUGAGGCCACAUCGGGGCCACAUUGGGGCCACAUGAGUGUUUACACUGGAGUCUGAUAAAAUCACGUUUUACUUGCAGUGUAAACAUUCAGCGGGGAAAAAAUCUGAUUUCCAAAAAAUGCGAUUUGGGGACUUUGUCCUGCAGGUCAAGGUGGUCUAAAGGUCACAUGAUGACUUUGUCUUGCAGGUCAAGGUGGUCUAAAGGUCACAUGAUGCCUUUGUCCUGCAGGUCAAGGUGGUCUAAGGGUCACAUGACUUCCUGCCUUCGGCAACAAUGGCGGACAAGGUGACUCACCAAACGUGCUUGGUGAACUUUGUGAUGAUGCAAGAAUAAAAAAGUGAACAAUGAAAACCUGCGACCUUUGUUUACUCCUCUGAGAGUUACUUUGACAAAAUUAACUCUUUUUGGGAACUUUAUUUUCAUGGCUUAUUUCAACCCGAACUAAGAUAAAUAACUUGUUUUACCACAACAUUUAAAC